UUCAAUAUCGCAUAUCCAAAUUGGGUAAAUAAAGGCUGCCUUUUUUUUUAUUAUUUAAUAAAAAGAAGAUGGUUAUAAAAUGAAUCUUCAAGAUAAACUUAAAGAUAUUGAAACCAAAUCAGUUGGAUUUCCAUCUUCAAAUGUAGCUUUGUCACAGAGAAUUUACACUGAUCUCGUUUUAGCCAAAAAAUGGAGACAUGUUGAAUAUAAACCAGCAAAAGAAUUAGCAACAUGCGUCUUUUUAGCUUAUGAGCCAGGAAAUAUGAAUGAACAGCUGAUUGUUUUGCCCAUCUCACAAGACAAAACAAAGCUAACGAUUGACCGCAUUACAGAAAUAUUUGACAAGUUGAACAAGAGUUAUAUUAUCGAUUCUCCUAUUGAGAAAUUAACAUUAGCGAUUUAUUAUUCUGAUUCAACUGUUCUCUAUUAUCAUUUGAGCAAAGGGCUUGCAAAGAAAAAAGAGUAAUAGUUUCGGAUAAUGUACUACAUGCUCAACGGAGUUAUUCAAUUAUAGAUUCUACCUUUUAUCAGUUAAAAAAAAAAAUACCUAGAAUAAGUUAAAGAUAUUCACAUCUACUUAUUCUAUUCUUGCAUUUUUAAAUAAAAUACAUAUAAAAAAAA